AUGCAGCGGCUGCUGGGUGAUAAAAGGAGCCAGCUGAAGUCACUCGUCGAAAUUACGCUGAAGACCAGAUAUCGGCCUGACCUCUCGAGAGAGGGUCCCGUUGAGAGGAGCAACUUGGAAGUGGGAGAAAAGAGAGAGGCACAAAGUGCGCGUCCCCCAGGGGGCCUGUCGGAAGCGGAUCUGAAGGGUCUCACUCAUGCUGUUAACUUAAAAGUGUCCUUUAAAAGGAAGAAGAAAGAAAAAGAAGAAAUGUCCGGAAAAGUGUAUGAAAAAAAUCAAACCAAUGAAGAGCGAGUGGGACAAAGAAAACGUCUCAAAUCCGAGCAAGCCUCCUUGCGGUCUGAAGACGCACAGCUGGAGAGGGAGAUUCAGAACCUUCGGCAGAAACCUGAAAUGCUGCCUGAAUGA